AAUUCUGCAAGUAGUUCUAAUUUACUAUCGCUGUUCUCUAGCUGGUCUAAAACCGAUUUUGACCUAAAGGGACACUUUUUGGAUGCCAUGGAUGUUUCUCAGUUUCCAGGCAGAAAGAACAGUAAAAAUGCAGGCAGGGCACAGGACAAAGCACUAGGGACAAAAUGUAUGUGAAAUGCUUUGAUACAUGAAUGUCACUUUUCGGCAUUUUCAAAUUUCCCGCCGUUCCGUCCCCCGUACAUCCCGACGCUCGCAGGGGACGGAACCCAGAUGACAGAUGCCAGCAUCCGCCGGAUUAUAUUGCCAGGGACACUGCAGGAGGGACAU